CCCGCCUUGUCAGGGUAUAUCUUCCUUGAGCUCUUGCCCCUUGAAGAGGUGAUUCUCCAGGCGCUUCCUCUGUGCCCUGAACCCUGUGAAUCUUUAGCCAUAGCUUCAAGUGAGUAACUGGUGGUGAUGGCAGGAGGGCCCCCUAGCAUGAAGGAGGAGAUAGAAAUGUGCAUAGCUGAAGAAGUGGGGCCUGGAAGCCAUGGGAAAACUCAAGAGCAACUGGUGAUAGCAGAAAUGAUGGAGCAUGGAUCCUGGUCACUAGGUGCUCCCCAGAGGCGACAGAAGUUGGAACCAAAGGCUUCUGGUUCUUCUGCAAGCCAAACAGUUUGGACUAUGGGUGCUACCCGGCCCAAAAAAUUGGGGCACCAGCUGCAGAAGCCCAGAAUGUCACGAGAGACAGUGCAUGGCAGUGCCCAUCCCCAAGAGUAUCCAGGCAUCUUGCAAGGCAUGAGGUUCCAUUAUGAACGCAACUCAGAUGCAGGUAUGGCAGCAGAGAUUGGCCUGGAAGAGCUCAAUGGACUGGAGAUGGAAAUCAUGAGAAGACAGCUGCACAUGAUCACUGGACGCCUGCGUGCCCUCGAGGACCAGGGCGCCACCUGGCGGCACAGGGAGGCUGUGUUCUUCACCAUGCUGGUGUCUGCCUGCAUCGCCAACCUGUGGCUAUGGAUGCGCCAGUGAUGCUUCACAGGCACUUCAGCACAGCCAGAGCCUCUGCUCCCUCCCCUCAUCCCUUUUCUCCAAGAGCUGCCUUGUCCCAGCCUCCUUCCAGCCUCUAGGAAGGAUCAGGGAGGUUCUAGCUGCUGGAAGCCAGAGGAAGUCUGCAUGAGCUGAGAUGUGCCGUCUUGGAAGGAGAGGAGAGAGUGGCAUCCGCCCCUCCAGCAGCACCAGUGGCAGGCACUGCCUGCUUGCUUGUGAGGGCUCCCUGGGCCUUGCCUCACUGGCUCCAGCUUCCUGUCUGCUCUGUUCCAACCUCUGUGGCAAGGUUUGCUUCGGCUUUCUCCCCUGUUCUUCCAUUAGUGUGCAGGGCUCCACACAAAGAACAUGCUCAAUAAAAUUCUAAUGGCAACAGCGAAA